AUGUUCCACUUGGAAUACCCAUUCUCUCGUGGAUGGAUCCAUGUCAACUCUCCCGAUCCCUGUGAAACCCCCGACUUUGACGCUGGCUUCAUGAACGACGAACGUGACAUGGCUCCCAUGGUUUGGGGCUAUAUUAAAUCGCGUGAAACUGCUCGUCGCACGUAUUCAUACGCGGGUGAAAUUACUUCCAUGCACCCUCACUACCCUUUCGACUCUCCAGCUCGUGCACUCGACAUAGACCUUGAAACAACCAAGGCAUACGCAGAGCCAAACCAUAUUUCGGCUGGUAACCAACACGGGUCCUGGGCGCACCAACUAAAACCAGGCGAGCAGCAGGGGACCAACAUCCUCAACUCUAACCGGCGGGAUCUCCGUAAACCACUCAGGUAUACCAAGAAGAAUAUCGAGCAAAUUGAGAAAUGGAGUAAGAUAUACACAUGGAUGGUUCCUAAAAUACAAACGUGGCACUCUUUUAGAACUUGUAGUAUCAACCCGCGCGAAGGUAUCUCUGUUGUCAAGCAUAGUGUGCUUGAUGAGCGUUUGAAUGUGCACGGCGUCAAGGGACUGAAGGUCUCCGAUCCUUCGGUUUGCUCGGAUAAUGUUGGCUGCAAUACUUUCAGCACCACCUUUCUCAUUAGCGAGAACUGUGCUGUGCUUACUGCAGAGGAUCUUGGAUAUUCAGGAAAUGCCCUGGAUAUGAAAGUUCCACCUUGCCAUGCUCCUGGAGAGGCUGUCAACCUCUCUCGUCUGUAA